UUACGUCACCAUUCUAAAGGACGUGAACAAUGCUGGGCUAGCAAGGGGCAUUAACCAGGUACAGGAAGGACUAGACAAAGCAGUUAAGCGUAAAAAGUUCUCUAAAUUUGUUGCCGACGAAUACAUGUCUAACUUGGAGCCCACCACUUCUUAUGAUGGCUUAAGAAACUGUGACAUGGUAAUUGAAGCGGUGUUUGAAGAUCUGGCCAUCAAGCACCGUGUGAUUAAGGAGGUGGAAGCCCAUAUUCCUGAUCACUGCAUCUUUGCCUCCAACACUUCAGCUCUCCCUAUAACCGAUAUUGCAGCAGGCAGCAAACGCCCAGAGAAGGUGAUAGGCAUGCACUACUUCUCCCCCGUGGACAAGAUGCAGCUGUUGGAGAUUAUCACGACAGAGAAGACCUCCCAGGACACCACAGCUGCUGCAGUCGACGUGGGACUCAAGCAAGGCAAAGUUGUAAUUGUAGUUAAGGAUGGGCCAGGAUUUUACACUACAAGAAUUUUGAGCGUCAUGCUGGAUACUGGCAUACUGCUGUUCCAAGAAGGUGUAGAUCCCAAAAGGAUGGACAAAGUUUCAAAAGCUUUUGGUUGGCCUGUGGGUACUGCAACACUGCUUGAUGAAGUUGGAUGUGAUGUUGGCUUGCAUGUGGCAAACCACCUUGUUAAAGUGCUGGGUGGUUCCAGAGCUGGUGACAUCAAUGUUCUGAAGGAUAUGGUAGCUGCUGGAUUCCUUGGCCGUAAAGCAGGUAAAGGUGUCUACGUAUACGAACCGGGAGUGAAGGAACGAAACGUCAACGAAGGGGCGCUGCAGAUCCUGAAGAAUUAUAGUGUUGCCCCCAAGCUUCCUUUGACGGAUGAAGCAAUCCAGAUGCGCAUGGCCAGCCAGUUCAUCAAUGAAGCAAUCCUUUGCCUACAGGAAGGUAUCCUGAACAACCCGCUUGAGGGCGACAUUGGUGCUGUUUUCGGCUUGGGCUUCCCUCCAUUCUCUGGUGGACCAUUCCGCUUUGUUGACACCUAUGGAGCAGACAAAUUAGUGGCCAAAAUGAGAGAAUAUGAAGCAGCAUAUGGAGCAUCGUACACACCCUGCCAGUUGCUGCUUGAUCAUGCUGCAGACCCAUCAAAGAAGUUCUUCAAAUAAAUUACCUUAAUUACCUGCUAAAUAUUUGAAGGCAAACUGAAAAUUUCAGCGUCUUACCUAAUUUUAAGGGUAAAAGGAAAAGUCAGACUUCCAACUUGAUCUGCUCUAUCAUAUUAUAAAUUAAAAUACCUAUUUGUAAUACAAGUACAGUACCCCUGUACUGUAUAUUUUAGAAAUAUUGUAACUGUAGGCACAUAGUCAUAACACUUGUUCAUAUUUGUACACAGUUUAGUUGAUCUUAGCCAUACAGUAUUUGAUAUUUUUCAUCUUGUAGCGUGCAGAGUAAGACCUCUUCCUGGUGACUAUAAGGAUGCAACCGGUGUGUGUUCUGUGCCGUGCAUGAAACAUUUAAUAGUGUAUAUUUGUAAAUAUGGCAGAGGUCUUAUCUUUUUACAAGUUGAUAAUGGAUAAUGAGUCAUGCACGGGCAUAGAGUUAAUCAAUGCAACAUUUUAGGUUAGUGUUUUUGUAAAAUACAUGUAAUUGUUUAAUGAAUGUAGUUAAAGAAGGCAGUUUAAUUACAUGUCCUGAAGUUUCAUGGUACAGUACAUGAAUUUGUUAUAAAGAAACUGUUCAUAA